AUGCGGAACAGCAGUAAGAUAAUUCAUUCUUUAGAUGAUAGAAGCCCAUUUUGUUAUGGUCUUUAUGUGGCUAAGGGUUCAGAUCCAUCAACACACCCAGAUUUAAGUCCUAUCAGUACUUUCCUCUGUGUUUUCAGGUGCAUCUCCAUCUUCUUUGCAGAGUUCCAGGCUCACUUUGGGGCCACUUACUCCUCCACUGCUUGGAUCCACAGCCUGGUGGACUGUACCACCAUGCUUUUUGCUCCCGCUGGCAGUCUGUUGGGGAACCGCUACUCUUGCAGAGUGGCAGUGAUGUUGGGUGGACUCCUGUCGUCCUGUGGACUCCUGCUCAGCUCCUUCGCCUCCAGCCUGGAUCUGCUCUACUUGAGCAUGGGAGUCCUCACAGGGCUGGGAUUUGCUCUCUGUUACACUCCAGCUAUCGCUCUGGUCGGGUGCUACUUCCAGCGCAGGAGGGCCCUGGCAUACGGCAUUGCCAUGUCAGGCAGCGGUAUCGGCACCUUUGUCUUGGCUCCUGUUGUGCAACUUCUCAUCGACCUAUACACAUGGAGGGGGGCACUGCUUGUCCUUAGCGCCUUUGUAGCUAACCUGUGUGUCUGUGGAGCACUGCUGCGACCAAUAACAGUGCAGAAGGGCGAAGAGGUGGAGACAGGUGAUGUCCGAGUGAAGGAAGGUGAAAUAAAUCUCUCCAAAGAUGCUUUUCAGGCAUCGGCCAAACAGCCAUCCUUACUUGCUCUCAGAAACCCUCCCUCUGGGCGGAAGGGGAGGUGCAGCCUCAGUUCCUGCUUCCGGUUGGAUUCAGAGUACAGCUUCCUGUUGCUGCCAGACUUCCUGGGUCUGGCUGCGUCCUUCCUGUUCCUGGCCAGUGGGUGCAGUCUGCCCUUCGUCUAUCUCGUGCCGUAUGCUCUGAGCGUUGGCGUCAGCCAGCAGAACGCCGCCUUCCUUAUGUCCAUCCUGGGAGCCAUUGACAUUGUGGGGAACAUCACCUUUGGUUGGCUGACCGACACAAGGUGUCUAAAGCCGUACCGCCUCAUCUGCUACAUUGUUGCCGUGGCAAUGGAGAGUCUCUGCUGCUUCUUGGUGUCGCUGCUUCGUACCUUUGCUCAACUUGUGCCAUUCGCUGUGGUUUAUGGUUACUUUGACGGCGCAUACGUGGCACUUAUACCUGUGGUGACAUCAGACGUGGUGGGGGUUCCAUACCUGUCUUCCGCACUGGGUGUGGUCUAUCUCUUGCACGCCAUCCCUUACCUGUUCAGUCCACCAAUCGGAGGAUGGCUGGUUGACGUCGCAGGAAAUUACAUCGCUACCUUCACCCUCAGUGGUGCCGCCCUGCUGGCCAGCGCGCUCAUUGUGUCUUUAGUCACUGGGAUUCGCUCCCGUCGGCUCUCGUCCAGCAAGCACAAGCCCCUCCCACUAGUUUUGUCCAACCAAUCAGACUGUUGCUCAGAUAUAUGUGCAGCCAAGCCAGAGGCUCAUAAUAAUGGUAUAAGUGAUCAACUGGAUUUAGAUACUGUAAGCCCAGCAGGACAACUGUGAAUUUAUUUAGAGUUUUACAUUAAAACAAUGCCAAACCUCCUGUCUGGACAAAUAAAUGAGUCUGAAUAGAGUCAAAUGACUCAUCAAAAGUCUGCAGAGAACCUUGAUGAGAGCUCACCUCAACGGCAGUCCAGUGAGGUUAGUAACCUCACAGAAAGCAUGAAUGUUUCUGGAACAAAUCGGCCAGGAAACGGAUUCACUUCCUUUAGUAAUGCCGAUUCAAAUGACACUAAAACUUGUGAAAUUAAAAUUGUUUUUGUUUAUACAGACUAGUGAUGCAUUAAUGAUUCAUCAUAACAGGUUUUCACACAUUGGCAAACUGUACUGAUACUUUUGUCACUGAAUACUGACACCUGCUGGACAUUUAAAAUCACUACAGGCUGAGCUGAUCAGAUUACCUAAAUCAGAGGUCAUGGAUUAGUGGACUGUAGUCUGGAUUCAAACCCAUCUGAGGGCUAAUCCGGACCCAACCUGAUGUAAAACAUUAAUAAAUUACUGCAUGUUGUCCGAUGGCAGUGUCUAACUUCACUUGCACCGCUUCUCCUGUUAAUACGGUAAAGCCCU